AUGUCAAUAGAAGAAAUAAAAGAUGAUGCUUUGGAUACUACUUACAUAAAUGAUAGAAAUGAUCAAGGUAGUAUCAAUACAUAUGAUGAUAUAAAUUUAGAAACUGAGAAUAAUAUGCAGGAUAGAGAUAGUAUAGAUGAAGAAGCAAAUAAUUCAAUUGAAUCAAUUAUAAAUGAAAAGCCUACCAAAAAGCAACCAUGGAGAGAAAUUUUGAUGUUAUCAUUUAGUUCAUUAGGUGCAAUUUAUGGAGAUUUAGGUACUUCACCAUUAUAUGUUUUAAAUUCAAUUAAAUAUUCUCAAAACCCUCCAAAUAAAGAAGAUAUUUAUGGUGCUGUUUCAAUAAUUUUUUAUCUUUUCACAAUAAUUGUAAUUUUUAAAUAUGUCUGUAUUGUUUUAGUAUUUGGUCCUUAUAAUGGUAAUGGUGGUCAAGUAGCUAUAUAUGCCAAGAUUGCAAGUUAUUUAAAUAUUGGUCCAAAAGGGGUAUCUAUACCUGGAACCGCUGAACCGCUGGAUUUAGAAAUAUUAUCAAGAACUGAUACUACUACUUCAUCAAUUAAUACUGUUUAUUCAAGAAUAGCAAGAGUAAAACAAAAUCCAAAAGUUAUAAGAUCUUUACAAUUUUUUAUUUUAGGAGCUUGUUUCCUUGGUUGUUCAUUGGUUAUAUCGGAUGGAUUAUUAACCCCAACUACGUCAGUAUUGAGUGCUAUUGGUGGUAUUCAAAUAGCGGUACCAAGUUUCAAUGCAAUUUUACCAGUUUCUGAAGUCAUAUUAAUAUUUUUGUUUAUUAUACAACAAUUUGGUUCAAACAAGAUUAGUUUCUUAUUUGCUCCCAUAAUCUUUUUGUGGAUGAUUGGUUUAAUUAUUUGUGGGAUCUACAAUAUUGCAAAAUUUCAUCCAGGAAUAUUUGCAGCUUUAUCACCAUAUUAUGCCAUUCAAUUAUUGAAGAGAGAAGGAAUAUCAGUAUUUAGUGGGUCAAUGUUGUGUAUUACAGGUACAGAAAAACUUCCGGUGCAGUUGACUUUGGGUAGUUUUGUUUAUCCAGCUUUGAUGCUUUGUUACUUAGGACAAGGAGCUUACAUUGUCAAAAACCCAGAUGCUUGGACAAAUCCUUUCUUUUUAAGUUUACCAGGAGGUACAGGAUCUGGAGUAUAUUGGGUAAUGUUUGUAUUAGCAACUUUAGCUACAAUUAUAGCAAGUCAAGCAUUAAUUUUAGCUGUAUUCAGUAUUGUUUCACAAUUAAUUAAUUUGGAUUGUUUUCCCAAAUUAAAAAUUGUUCAUACAUCAUCACAUUAUUCGGGUAAAGUUUAUAUACCAGUUGUUAAUUGGUUAUUAAUGAUUGGUGUUGUUUGUACUACUGCAGGUUUUAAAAAUAGUAAUAAUGUUACUGCAGCUUAUGGUUUAGGAAUAUCUUUGGAUUUUUUGGUUACUUCACUGUUAAUUACUAUAUGUUUAUUUUAUGUUUAUAAUGCUAAUAUCAUUUGGCCAAUCUUGUUUUUUAUAAUUUUUGUACCAUUGGAAGUUUGUUUGGUGAUUGCAAAUUUAAGAAAAAUUGCAAGUGGUGCAUGGUUUAGUUUAAUGGCUGCUAUUUUAUUUAUGGGUUUUUUGUCAAUUUGGAGAUGGGUUAGAUCUAAAAAAGUUGAGCAAGAAUAUAGUCAAAGAAUUAAAAUUGGUGAAAUUUUUCCAUUCUAUAGUGCUAAAUCUAAUGCUAUUACCGUUGAUUUAGGUGCUAAUCAUAAUGUUCCAGUUGAAGAUAAUAUCCCAAGAUAUAGUAAAGAUGAUGUUAAUACAAAAUUUGGAGUUGAAAAAUUGGAAAAAUAUGAAGGUAUCGGGUUCAUGUAUGUUGAUUCAAUUUUAGCAGCAAGUCCGAAUACAUUACCACAAUUAUAUGGGAAAAUCAUUAAAAAUUUUGUAUCAAUUCCAGAAAAUUUUAUAUUCGUUGGUAUAAGAGUAUUAUCAGUCCCUACAGUUAGCGAAGAAGAUAGGAUUUUAAUUGCACCAAUGAAAUUGACAAAUCAUUAUAAAUGUAUUUUGAGAUUUGGAUUCAUGGAAGAUAUAAAAAUUGAAAAAGAAUUAACUAAAAGACUAAUGAAUAAAUUACCAAAUAUUGAUUUCCAACAAUUAGAAACAAAUUCAAACUAUCCAAUUUUACAUUAUUUUGAGAAUGACUUAAUUAAGUGUCAUCAAUUUCAACCAAAUACUAAAAAUAAGAUUUUUAAUAUUCUAAAGAAAAUAAAAUAUGGUGUUCGUUAUGUUACUAUUAAUUAUUUAUUCAGUCCUAUUUAUUCACUAACUCAAGAUUAUGGUGAAUUUUUAAAAUGUGAUAAUGAAUUAGAAGAACUACAAAAUAAAAUCUUUAUUGGAGGUAUUGCCAGAGUUUAG